AUGACAAACGGCAAAAAGGUAGCGCUAGUAUUUGGUGCCAGUGGAAUCUCUGGAUGGGCCGUGAGCAAAAACUUACUAUCCUAUCCCACUGCAACCACCUUUGAUCGAAUUAUCGGUUUGAUGCAUCGUCCACGGCCUACAACUGAGAGCGGCCUACCUCAAGAUCCCCGACUGGAGUUGUACUCAGGGGUGGAUCUCCGUACCGAGCUCGAAGAUGUGAAGAAACAGAUGAGGGAACGGGUUCCAAAUCUAGAUCAAGUCACACACGUGUAUUACCUGGCAUACUCCAAUGCCACCGCGUACACCGAGCAUGUGAUGCGUAUCAAGGACAUCAAUAAGCAAAUGACCUACAAUGCUGUCCACGCAACCGAUUCGCUCUGUUUACAGCUUCAGUUCUUAGUCCUCCAGACUGGAACAAAUAACUAUGGGGUUGCAGUGUUCCAGCACAUGGACAAGAUUGAGAUCAAGCCACCCCUAAGGGAGGAUAAUCCCCGAGUUCCAUCACCUUACGGCGAUGAAAUCUUCUACUACGAUCAAGUAGAUUUGAUCAAGGAGGCUGCUGAGGGCAAAUCAUGGAAAUGGUGUGAGGUUCGACCUGAUCAAAUCGUCGGGUUCGUUCCUGAUGUGACUGGCAUGAACUUCGUCGAGCCACUGGCUCUAUACCUCGCUCUCUACCGCUUCGUCAACGGUCCGGGUGCAAGCGUCAACUUCCCCGGGACAAAACCCAAUUUCACCUACCGAUUCACAGACUCGUCCCAGGAUCUGAUUUCAAAGUCUGAAAUUUAUCUCUCUGUGGUUCAGCCAGAGCAGUCUAAUGGUGAAGCCUUCAACAUCGCUGACACUGAUUUGCCAGGGCCGUGGUCCGUUAAAUGGCCGAUCUUAGCUGGAUAUUUCGGCCUAAAGGGAGCCGGUCCUGGUGAGAUGGGUUGGAACAACCUCGAAGAGUGGUGGAAUGAGCAUCAAGAUGACUACCGACAAAUGUGCAAUGCGUAUUGCUUGGAGCACCGUCUUGUUCCUCACUCGUCGUGGGUUUUCCUCAAGACUGGUUUUACACUUCUUGACCGUAACCGCGAGAUGAGCCUUGACAAGAUUCGAGGCGUGGGCUUCAAAGAAGAGAUCCCGGUUGGUGAAGGAUAUAUCAUUGCCCUCGAACGUAUCGCGGAGGCCAAGUUGAUUCCGUCACAACGCGCACUAUGCACCUCGGUAUUUUCACAGUCAUGA